CGGUGAGGUGACAGGUGACAGUGGUGUCAUCCAGAUCAACAGAUCAACAGUCAGAUCCAACACUGACCCACCGGGACUGACCCACCUGAAGGAGCACAGAGGAAGUCCACCAACAUGAGCAGGUGUCUAAUUAGCAGGAUGGAGGUGCAGAGCUUCAUUGAGAGGUGUAUGGUGGCUGUGGGCACCCAGCCGCAUCACGCUCACAGUCUGGCCGAGGUGUUGGUAGAGGGAGACCACAGGGGCCACUACAGCCACGGACUCAACAGGAUGGACAUGUACGUAAAAGAUGUCCAAACAGGAAUCUGUGCCAAAGACGGUGAACCUGUGGUGGAGAAGGACAGUCCUGCCACGGCCCUGGUGGAUGGGAAGAACCUCCUUGGACCUGUAGUGGGGAACUUCUGCAUGAACCUAGCCAUAAAGAAGGCUAAGGAAGUGGGUGUCGGCUGGGUGGUCGCUCAUGGAUCCAAUCAUUACGGUAUUGCUGGAUAUUAUGCAAUGCAAGCUCUCAAGGAAAACAUGAUUGGAAUGUCUUUUACCAACACGUCUCCACUGGUCGUCCCUACUCGUGGUAAAGAGUGCACCUUGGGCACCAACCCCCUUAGCGUGGCCGCUCCUGCAAACAAUGGAGACAGCUUCAUCCUGGACAUGGCCACAUCAGCUGUAGCACUGGGAAAGGUGGAGCUUCAUGAGCGGCGUGGAGACAGCAUCCCUGAGGGCUGGGGCAGUGACGCCCAGGGAAAGAUGGCCACAGACCCAAAGAGAGUCCUGUCUGGAGGAGGACUGGUGCCCAUUGGUGGGAGUGAAGCCACAGGAGGGUACAAAGGUUACGGUCUGGGAAUGAUGGUAGAGAUGUUUUGUGGCAUCUUGGCCGGAGCCCAGUACAGCAAAUACAUCCGCACGUGGAAAGUAACUGACAAAGUGGCAAACCUGGGUCAGUGUUUUGUCGCCAUCAACCCAGAGAACUUUGCUCCCGGGUUCAAUGACAGGAUGUCAGACCUGUUGUCUGUCCACAGAGGGAUGGAACCUGCUGACCCUGAUGCCCCUGUUUUGGCCGCUGGAGAUCCAGAGAGGAUGCACAUGAAGAAGUGUGAGGAACUGGGUGGAAUAUCCUACCACUUGAACGUUGUUAAUUAUAUGAACCAGUGUGCUGAGAAAAUUAGCGUCAGCCCGUUGUUGCCAAGUGACAGAAUCAUCUCCGACUAAUUAUCCUGUUCAAGAUCUUCAGCCUCAGACUAAUGCACAGAAUUAAACACGCACAUGCAAUCAGAAUUAUGCAUAUAUCAUGUCUCAUUUUCCUCUUGUAACACACGUAGUCAAUAUAUUAAUCUAUUUUUUUUUUACUUUAGGCAUUAAGUUUAAGCACUUUAGUGCCAAGAAAAUUGACACAUAAGUCAAAAAAAUAUAUUUUUCUUAAUUGUUCCAUGAAAUUUCUUUAUUGAUAUAUCUGUGUUUGAAAUGUUUGUAAAAUAUUUUAAAGACACUGUAUCUGACAAACCCAAAGUUGUUCGUCAUACCGUUUCAGACUGAAGGUGAUGUUGAAUGACUGGUUAAACUUGACAAUCAGGUCAGAAGGAUACGAGGUUGAGGAGCCUCUUUAAUCUACUCUGGCCCAAGUGCAGUGAAAUUAUAUAAACCCAAAAAAUGUGUUAGCACUUAUGUUGUAAGGUUACAACUAUUCAUAUGUGCCUUAUUCAAUAAAAAGUA